AUGGGUGAUCCCAUCCAACUCUACAUAUUCUAUAAUUCUCUGAUAAGUUUUGUAUUUUGUUUGAUAUUUAUCUGAAGUACUCCUGAGGUUUCUUUCAGGAGACAAUUCUCAUGGAAAUCUUGGUUCAAGUCUCAUCCUAAGGACAGCACCUUAAAUAUUUUCCAGUAUUUGAGUUCUUCCCUCCCUCUGUGUGCCCUGUAGCACAAACAGGAAGGGAUGUUUGCUGUGUUCUGGAGCCUGCAGAUGCUCAUUUGUGUCCUGUUCCUUUGCAGGUGCCUUGCUGCCAGCCUUUGAGCUGUCCCAGGCCAGCUUUGGCUCGGAUGUGUCCCCUCUGAGCGUGUCCCUCUCCGUGGGCUCCGAGACUGGCUCGGAGCAGGAGCAGGACCUGCUGUCCCCCCGGGAGCUCAGUGCCAGCUCCCCCACACUCUCUGGGCACUCCCCAGCCAGCCAGGGCAGCGUGCCAGGCCCCCAGCUGGAGGGGGGAGCCCCAGGGGGCACAGAGGGGUCCCCUGGACCUGCUGGGGCAGAGCAGGACCUGCCCAGCUGCUCCUCGGGCAGGGAUCCCCGGGAUGGGGAGAGAAGGGCUCAGGGUGCCCUUGCUGACCCUGAGUGCAGGAGCUCAGACAGCAGCCAGCAGGGAUGGGCUCUGUCUGGGCUUGGGAAUGACAUGGAAUUGGACAGAGCAUCCUCGAGCUCCGGGGUGGGAAGUGAGAGCAGCCAGGGCCAGGAAAGGGAACCCCUGAUGGGCCCUGAGGCCCUGCAGGAGCUCCGGGAGCUGCUGGCACAGGCAGAGGGUCUGGCUGCCAGCUGGAGCCGUCCUGCUGGCCCCACAGCCUCCUGCAGGGAGCAGGGUGAGAGGGAGGAGGAUCCCAAGGAUGCCAGGUUAGGCCAGGACUGGACCCCAAAGCUGCAGGACACACUGUCAUGGGAUGAGGCCGUGACUGCGAGGGGUGUGCAGGCACAGGAGCUGGACAUGGACCCUCUGGAUUCUGCCAGCUGGCAGCUGGCAUGGGGACACCCUCUGGCUGUCAGCUCCCAGCGCAGGGAAGGGCUGAAGGCAGUGGCCCAGGAGCCAAGGGCAGGGAAAUCCAUGGGGAGGUGGGAGCCAGAAGGGAGCAGCAGUGUGGGCAGGAGCCAGGCUGCCCGUGCAGGGCUGGCACAGAGCACUGCCAGCAGCCUCCCGGGCACUGGCACAGCCCCACAGCCGGGCCAUCCUCCCUCCCUGGAGCCCCUGGCAGUGCCCCCAAAGGCUGCCCGUGUGGGGCUGCCACAGAGCACUGGCACAGCCCCACAGCUGGGCCAUCCUCCUCCCCUGGAGCCCCUGGGCAGUGCCCCCACUGGCCUGGGCAGCUCCCUGGGCUCCUGGGGCCAGGCUGGCAGGGCAGCAGGGACACAGGGCAGCGAGGACAGCAGCAGUGGGGAUUCCCUCAGUGCCCGGGUCAGGAGCCUCCUGAGGAGGGCUGGGCAGUCCCAGCAGCUGGGCAGUGCCCUGGGGGCGGUGCAGGGCAGCCUGCCCAGGGCUGGAGUUGCUCGGAGCCUGCCAGGAGCUGCCCUGAGCCCAGCGGGCAGCAGCAGCAGCAGCGGUGACUCGCUGGCCACGCGUGUCCGCAGCCUCCUGGGCACCACUGCCCCGGCCAGCCGUGUCCUGAAGAGCGCCGAGGAGCACGAGAGGAGGAUCCGAGCCUGGGUGAAGAUGAAACUGGCCAGCCAGUCCCAGGAGUGUGAGGCAGACUGGGAUGAAGAGCCCCAGCUCAGGAUGGAGGCAGUCAAGGCAGAGCUGCUCCCAAAGCCCAGGGAACCUGCACCAGCCAAGGAUCCCUGGCUCUGUGGUUUGGAAGCAGCUUCUGAGUACCUGAGGAAGCAGGAGCAGGACCUGGAGGGUGUGCAGGCUCCCAGGUGUCCCAGGGACAGGCAUGGACAGCUCUCCAGGACCUGGGAACUCCUCCAGCCCCGUUCACCACCAGCAGCACCAUUCCCUAGAGCUGACCCCUGGCAUUCCUCCCUGCUGAAGGAUCUGCACCUGAAACCGUGGGGUGCUGCUGAGCUGAAGGACCUGCACCUGAAACCUUGGGGUGCUGCUGAGCUGAAGGACCUGCACCUGAAACCUUGGGGUGGUGCUGAGCUGCAGGACGUGCAGCUGAAACCUUCUGGUGUUGCUGACCUGCAGGACGUGCAGCUGAAACCUUCUGGUGUUGCUGACCUGCAGGAUGUGCAGCUGAAGCUCUACAGUGCUGCUGACCUGCAGGACAUGCAACUGAAGCCCUGGGGUGCUGCUGAGCUGAAGGACAUGCAGCUGAAACCCUGGGGUGCUGCUGAGCUGCAGGACAUGCACCAGAAGCCCUGCAGUGCUGCUGAGCCACAGGAGAUGCAGCUGAAGCCCUGGAACACUGCUGACCUAAAGGAUGUGCAGCUGAAGCUCUACAGUGCUGCUGACCUGCAGGAUGUGCACCUGGAACCUUCUGGUGCUGCUGACCUGAAAGACAUGCACCUGAAGCCCUGGAACACCACUGACCUGCAGGAUGUGCAGCUGAAGCCCUGCAACACUGCUGAGCCACAGGAGAUGCAGCUGAAGCCCUGCAAUGUUGCUGACCUAAAGGACAUGCUCCUGAAGCCCUGCAAUGCUGCUGACCUGCAGGAGAUGCACCCAAAGCCCUGCAACACUUCUGAGCCACAGGAGAUGCAGCUGAAACCCUGCAGUGCUGCUGAGCUGCAGGAUGUGCAGCUGAAGCCCUGGAACACUGCUGAGCCACAGGAGAUGCACCCAAAGCCCUGGAACACUGCUGACCUACAAGUGCCCACCCAGCACCCAGCCAUGGGGCACCCCAGUGCCAGGGCAGAGCCCUGUGCCCCUCUGGCACAGGCCCCCCGUGCAGGGAGCCCUGCAGCUGCCCUCUCUGCCCACGGGGAACUGGGCAAGCCCAGCACCUUCCUCACCCUGUGCUCCCAGAGCCUGGCACACAGCCCCAGCCUGGCCAGUGUCCUGCCUGGGCAGCACAGGCUGGGCACAGGGCACAGAGCUGGGAGUGCUGCUGCUGAGGCUCCUCCUGCCCCUGCUGCCAGGGCUGCAGCUCCUGAGGAACCAGCCCAGCAGCCCAGGAGCAUCCAGGCUGGGAAGGGACAGACCCUGAGUGCCAGGCAGCCCCAGCUCCUGCCUGCAGCUCUGGGGCACAGACACAGUGCCAGGGAGCUCAGCCAGGAAACAGAGCCAUCCAUUGAACCCUCUGCUCUGAGCCCAUCCCUGCAGGAGGAGAUCCCACCUGGGCCCACCCAGUUCCGGGAGAUCCCACCUGGGCACACCCAGCUCAGGGAGAUCCCACCUGGGCCCACCCAGUUCCGGGAGAUCCCACCUGGGCCCACCCAGCUCAGGGAGAUCCCCCCUGGGCCCACCCAGCCCCAGGAGAGCUCAGAGGGCCCAAGAGCAGCUCCACAAAGGGGUUUGCUGAAGGGCCCCAGUGAUGUGUUGGCUGAGGGGAGGAAAAGCCCUGAGGAGCCACCUCUGGUUCCAGAAGAGGUUGUGAGGGAGCAGAUGGGUCCUGCUCAUCUUUUACCUGCAGAGGAAGCUUUGUCCGCCAUUCCAGAAGAGGCUGUGAGGGAGCAGAGGGGUCCUGCUCACCCUUUACCUGCAGAGGAAGCUUUGUCCACCAUUCCAGGAGGGGCUGUGAGGGAGCAGAUGAAUCCUGCUCACCCCUCACCUGCAGAUGAAGCUUUGUCCACCAUUUCAGGAGGGGCUGUGAGGGAGCAGAUGGGUCCUGCUCACCCCUCACCUGCAGAUGAAGCUUUGUCCACCAUUUCAGGAGGGGCUGUGAGGGAGCAGAUGGGUCCUGCUCACCCUUCACCUGCAGAUGAAGCUUUGUCCACCAUUCCAGAAGAGGCUGUGAGGGAGCAGAUGGGUCCUGCUCACCCUUUACCUGCAGAUGAGGCUUUAUGCACCAUGCCUGAAGCUCCCUCAUCACCAGUGAAGAGAUUCCUGAGCUGUGUGCACAUCACCCUCUCCCCCAGGGUCCAUCACCCCAGUGCCAGCAGUGCUGGGAAUGGGAUCAAGGUGUGGGACAAACCACCAAGGAAGGCUCAGACAGUGACUUUACAAGCAGCUCCAGAAUCUUCAGUGGGAGGUGUUCCUAAAUCCCCUCGUGCUGAGGGCAUUCCCAGCCCAGCUGAGCCUGUGGCACAUCCCAGCCAGGUGCAUUCCCCCAGGCAGGAACUGCAGGGCAGGACCAGAGCCCGGCUCACACAGGGCAUCCCCAGCUCUGCCACACCUGCCAGAAGGACUUCUGAUGCUGCCACCCAGAUCACCACGGAGAGUCCCACCAAAGCCACGUUCUCAGCAGAAAUCUGUGUGGAUCCCCAGGAAGGGGGAAGUGCUGCCCUGCAUCCAUCACUCCCCAGUGCCCCUGGAGCUCCUGGGACUGCAGCUCCACCCCACAAGGCCCCCGGAGCUCCUGGGACUGCAGCUCCAUCAAACAAGGUCCCUGGAGCUCCUGGGACUGCAGCUCCAUCAAACAAGGUCCCUGGAGCUCCUGGGAUUGCAGCUCCAUCACACAAGGCCGCUGAAGCUCCUGGGAUUGCAGCUCCAUCACACAAGGCCGCUGAAGCUCCUGGGAUUGCAGCUCCAUCACAUAAGGCCCCUGGAGCUCCUGGGAUUGCAGCUCCACCCCACACGGAGAUUCCCCCCUUCCCAAGGCAGCCUGCCCAGCCCCUGCUGCUGCCCUACAAGCCCUCAGGAAGCUCUGGCAUGUACUAUGUGCCUUUCCAGAGAGCAGGAGCCAGCGUGGAGCCCAGCACAGCCAGAUACCACUCAGGCUCAGAGGACGCUCCUGCUCCAGGGAUCCUGGCCCAGGUGCUGGCUCUGGGGGAUGAGCCCCCUGCAGCCAGGGCAGCUGCCCAGCACAAAGGGACAGCCCAUGGGCACAGGCCUAAGCUGGCCUGGGCUGAGGGGCACAGGACACCACUGGAACAGCCUUCAGAGCUCCCAGCUGGUUCUCAGCGUGCAGAACCCUCCCGUGGUGUCCCUGAGCCCUGUGCCAUGCCCACCAGGCAGAGCUGCAGCCAGCAUGCCUGGGAGCCCUACAGGGACAGGGCUGGAGCUGGGCACGCUGCCCUGGGCACAGCAGGGCACUUCUUUGCCCUCCCUGCAGAGGCUGACGACAGCAGGAGCGAGGAGCUGAGUGCCAGGGGGUCCUUUGGGCACGGGGCAGCUGGCACGGGGCUGCACCAGGGCACUGCUGGCACCGAUCCUGCCCCACGGGGCCAAGCUGCUCCCCUGCAGGACAGCCUGGGGAUGGCACCACGGCAGAGGGGCCAUGCCAGGGGCGGCCUGGACGAGCUGUGGCUGAGGUUCCUGGAGCGCCAGGGCACACAGCAGCAGCAGCAGCUCAGGAGGAAUGGGGAGCUGAGCCUCGUGCAGCGCCUGGAUCGCCUGGCCAGGCUCCUGCAGAACCCCAUCAGGCACACCCUGGCACCCACAGCUGCUGGGGAGAGGGCUCCUGAGCAGGAAAUGCAGGGGAGGGAGCAGCCAGAACCUGGGCUGGCAGGAAAAGCCAGGUCUGGGAGCAGCACGGAGCCAAGGGGACCACGACUGGGACAGAAGCCACGUGUGAGCCAUGGCAGCAGCAGCCAUGGGGAGUCCAGGGCAGGGCAGAAGGUGAUCCAGCACCUGAGCAGGAUCCUGGAGGAGCAGCAGCCCCAUGGCAGCAUCCUGGAGGAGCAGCAGCCCCUGGGCAGCAUCCUGGAGGAGCAGCAGCACGUGGGCAUGCCGAGUGACAGCUCCUCAGAGAGCAGGCUGAGCGGGGAGCCCAGCAGCUGCAGCACCUGCAGCACCUCUGCGUGGGACACGGGGACAGGGCUGGACACCUCCCCUGCCUCUGGGGACAGCAGCUCCCUGUCCCUGUCCACCAUUGACACAGCCAGGCUGCUCCAGGCCUUUGGGCAGCACAGGGUGGCCCCAAGCACUGACACCCCCAGCCCAAAGCUGUCCCCAGAGCUGUCCCCGAGGCUGGCCCGGCUGUACCGUGCCAUCAGCCAGCAGAAGAGGCGCUCUGAGAAGUGGCAGGAGCACAGUGGAGCAGCAGUGCCUGCAGGAUGUCCCCAGGGAGCUGCUCAGAGCCUCGGGAAGGGCCAGCAGAGCCAGAGCACUGUGCCCUUCUCAGACUCCACCUGUGCCAGCAGCAGCUCCUGGGGGCCCAGCUGUGCCCUGAGCCACAAGAGACGGGCUCGGAUGCUGAACAAAGGGAUCCAGGCAGGGGACCUGGAGAUCGUCAGCAGUGCCACCAAGAGGAACACCAGGGACGUGGGGGUGACCUUCCCCACGCCCAGGAGCAGCCAGCAGCUGUGGGAGCCUUCGGGGCAGGGCCAGGGCACAGCGUGGCAGCAGCCCCGGGCACCGCCGGGCAGGAUCCUGACAGACACACGGACCAGGAGGAGCAGGCUGCACUUCCAGCAAGGGGCUCCGUGGCUCGUCCCAGCAGAGGACUUGGAAUGUGAAUCAAGGAAAGAAAACCAGUGCAGUGCCCCUUCUGGCCCUGGGCCAGCCUGGUUUGAGCCCUGGAGCAGCACAAAGCCCUGGAGAGAGCCCCUGAGGGAGAGGAACUGGGAGGAGCAGCCCAGGCUGGGCCAGGGAGCAGUGACAGCCCCGGGGGCUGGCAGGGGGCUGGGGCAGCCCCUGGGCAAGCUCACCCUGCAGGAGGCGCUGGCCCUGCACCGUCCCGAUUUCAUCUCGCGCUCGGGGCAGCGCCUGCGGCACCUGCGGCUGCUCCGCGAGGAGAGGAGGCUGCACAAAGCCCAGAGGGAAACGCUGCUGCCAGCCCAGGGGGAAACACUGCUGCCAGCCCAGAGGGACCAGCUCCUGCCACCCCAGCAGCUGUUGCAGCCUGCAAGGAGGAGAAAAGACUGCAGGACUGCAAAUCACCUGCUGUCCAACCGAGGUUUCCUGAUAAGAGAAAAAAGAAGAGCAAUUCCCAAGCAUGAAAUGUUUCAAAGAUCUAAAAGGAUGUACGAGCAGCUCCCUGAGGUGAGGAGGAAGAGGGAGGAGGAGCAGAGGAGGCAGGAGUACAACUCCUACCGCCUGAGGGCUCAGCUCUACAAAACUAAGAUCACCAGCCGUGUCCUGGGGAAGAAGGUGUCCUGGAGCUGACCUCAGCCAGCCUGGGCUGGGCACACACAGCCCUGGCACAGGAGAAGGCACUAAAUACUUCUGCAGCCCCACUUUGUGCUCUUGGCUCCCUUCUGUGCUCACUGGUCCUGCCCUACGUAAGAAUCAGGGAUUUGGGGAAGUGUCAGGGUUUUAAAUAAAUAGCUGGGGUUUUAUAGUGGUGUUAGGCACUUCAGAGGAAACACAGUCUGGAAAAACUUGGUUCAUAACAUAUUUAUAACUCCCUGAUUGGAAUAGCAGUUUUAUAUAUUUAUUUUCAACGGGUUUUAACGAAGAUUUUUAGAUUUUUUAAAACUCCUGUCUCAAUGUAGAAAAUUCACUUGUUAUGUUUUGUACUUCAAUAAA